AUGGAGUUCCGGCAGAGAGGGCACGUCAUGCGCCAGCACCUCAGCCAUUUCUCGAGGCACGGCCUGUGGAAAACGUGGCCGCACGAUAAGCGGUUGACCUCAGCCGACCGGUCAAACUCCGACAGGCAGAUCGAGCAUUCUUGCCCCUCGGGCCCACAUGGGAAAACCGAGUCAUAUCUCACAGACUCGGAGGGGCUCAUGCGGCACUCGGAUGGGUCGAGGGACUCGACCGAGAGCUCAUCACACGAAGACAUGUGGAUGCCAAUUGUGGUAAGAAUCGAGCAAACGAGUUCUUUCACGGCUGAAAUCGACAUUGCCAUGUUUGCUAUGAUUAGGCAGAGUAUGCCGGCCUCGGCUGGGGUUGGGUAG